CAAUGAAUUGUUCGGGAUCAAACUAAAGAUUGAUUAUAGAAAAUGGCGGUCGAGUCUAUAUCAGUAAAUAAUAUGCAAAGUUGUAUUUAUAAUUCCUCUUUUUCAUGAAUGACAAAAUGUAGUGAUUCAAACAAGUGAUUUUAAGAGAACUGGAACUCAUUUCGAACAUUCAAUGUGCUUUUUAUGUGACCAGAAUUAUGUAAGAAUAAAGACGCAAAUCGUUCAUGUUAAACGACCAAAGCAUCUAAACAAAUGAAUCAAAAUGGGAAACUUCUUCUUGUUCACGAUUAUUACGAUCAUGAUUUUGAUACGAAUAUCGAUGCAGAAUGAAAAUAAUGAAUGUCCUAAAAAAUGUGACUGCUUAGAACAGUAUGUGGAUUGUUCAAAAAAAAAUUUGGUGUCAGUGCCAAGAAUUCCAAAGUGGGUGGAACAAUUAGACUUAAGUUACAAUAAAUUGAGUAAAGGUAUUACCGAAGGCUUCGAGGAAUUAUUAUCGUUAAAAAUAUUAAAGUUAGAUAAAAACACUCUGUUACAUAUUCCUACUUUUCUUCAUCCUAACCAAAUACAAGAAGUAAGUCUGAAUAGAAAUAGCAUUAGUUCUAUCGACAGAGAUCAUUUUCCAGUAAAUAGUUCAAUCAAGACCUUAAGCCUUAACAGUAACCACAUUAAGUUGAUCCAAGAGGGGGCUCUUAAUAAUUUAACAAAUUUGAUGACAUUAAAACUAAAUAGAAAUGAACUUGUUUCUUUGCCUAACCACUUGUUUAUGCAUCAAUCUAAUCUGAAAGUCUUGGAACUUAAUCACAAUAAACUUCAUGUUAUCAGUGGACUGCUUUUCCAAGGAUUAUCAAGUUUGACUACUCUCAAGAUAAAAUACAAUAACAUAGAAAACAUUUUAGAUGGAGCAUUUUUUGGUUUUAAGUCUGUUAACUUAUUGCAAUUGGAUCACAACAGAAUCAAAAGUAUAUCUAAAGGCUGGAUGUAUGGCUUGGAGUCAUUGACAACAUUAUCACUGUCCAACAACCUAAUUUCCCAAAUUGAUUUUGGCAGUUGGGAAUUGUGCGCUAAUUUAGAAACCUUAGAUUUAUCUCAUAACUAUAUAAUUGAGGUAGAAGGGCGUACAUUUCAACAUUUAACUAAUCUUCACAUCCUUAAUUUAAGUAACAACAAUAUAUCUGCCAUAUCACAAGAAGCCUUCAGUCAUAUGGUUGAGUUGCAAACAUUGUUUUUAAAUAACAAUAAAAUAUCUUGGACAGUUGAAGAUAUGUCUGGACCAUUUUCAAAGCUGCAGAAUCUAAUAAUUUUUAAUUUAUCAACAAAUCACAUAAAAUCAAUUAACUCACGGGCUUUUGAAGGUUUAUCAAAUGUAGUUGAAUUGGAUUUAAGAUCUAAUAAUAUCACCUCAAUACAGCAACAUGCUUUUGACUCAAUGUCUAAAAUAAGAAAGGUAUAUUUAAACUCAACAUCAUUACUAUGUGAUUGCAACUUACUAUGGAUGGUGAAAUGGAUAAGAGACAAAGUUGAACAUAAGUUUGUGACAGCAACAUGUGCUUAUCCUGCAGAAGUUAGGGGUGUAUCCAUUGUGAGGCUUAAGGAAGAUAAUUGUGGGGACUCUCCUAAACCCAAAAUUACUGAGCAUCCGAAAUCUCAUUUAGCAAUUAAAAACCGAUCUGCUAAUUUAGUUUGCUCUGCUACAUCAAAUCCCAUUAGUAAUAUGACAUUCUUGUGGAGAAAAAAUAAUGGUAAUGUCAGCAAUCCAGCAGUGUAUGAAAAUAUCACCUUAUCAGAAAAUGGCAAACCACAUGCAACUUCUGUUCUGGUUAUACCAGACGUAUCACAUUCAGAUUCAGGCAAAUAUCAAUGUGUGGUUAGCAAUAAAUUUGGAACAACAUACUCAUCAAAAGCUAAAGUUAACAUUGUAACAUUUCCACGUUUUAUCAAAACACCAAUUAAUGUUACUGUCAAAACAGGUGAAACAGUUACCCUCAACUGUGCUGCGACUGGAGACCCACCACCAGAGAUUUCAUGGAAAAAAGAUGGUGGGAAUGAUUUCCCAGCAGCUAGAGAGAGGCGUAUGAAUGUAAUGCCAACAGAUCAUCUGUUCUUUAUUGUUAAUGCUAAAACCACUGAUAUGGGAAUUUAUAGCUGUGCUGCUAAAAACCCAGCAGGAACAAUUAUAGCUAAUGCUACUUUGACAGUGCUCCAAGAACCAUCUUUUAUUAGAGUCAUGGAAAACAAAGAAGUAAUCACUGGUGAAUCAGUUGUAUUACAAUGUAUGAUAACAGGUUCACCAAAGCCAGUUCUAAAAUGGUUAAAGAAUGGAACUCCCAUAGUCCCCACAGAACGCCAUUUCUUUACAGCUGAUGAUCAGCUACUUGUCAUUAUUGGGGCUGAAGCGAAUGAUGCUGGUCAAUAUGAAUGUGAAAUAACAAAUGAACUAGGCACGAAAAAAGAUAUGAUUGAGUUAAAAGUACUGCCUCCUGUAGCUAUAAUGGUAAAGGAAGAGGAUAUGACAGGAAUAAUAAUAAUAACUGUUGUGUGUUGUGCAGUUGGAACUUCUAUUAUAUGGGUAGUAAUAAUUUAUCACACUCGACGACGCAUGGCAGGAGCAGUGCAUAUGUAUCCCUCAGAAAGUGUUAAAAUGACACAGGUAGUUCACAGUGAUAGUGAUUCACCGCAAAUGUUUCCGGACAAUCUGUCAGAGCAUUCUUCAUGCAAAGACAGCGGGACAGGUGAUUCGGCAAAGCAAACGAGCUUUGACGGUGUGCCUUCAGACAGAAGUGAGCCAGUGCAUUUUGAAGCAGCAGUUUGUCAAAGUUAUUCACCAGUGCCAGAAGCCCAUAAGCUUCUACCAUCAUCUUUUAAACCAUCUAUACAAGUUUGUGUAAAUACAUGUGUUACACCUGCUACUUAUAGUUUCUCUAGUCACAGUAAUAAUAUUUAAGUCUAUAAACUUAUACUUGUUAAGGAUAAAAUAUUGUUAUCAGGUGCAUUUCACUAACUACACAUAAUUGCAAAAAUACAAUAUACAUUACUGUGUUUAUUCAAAAUAAAAAAAGGUUUACGAAAUAGUUCGUAAUUUUUAGUUAGUGAUGGAGCAUUGUUUUAGGCAUUUUAAUCUUAAUGGCUUAGUACAAAAUAUAACAAACUUGCCAGUAUUGGUUUGAUGUAAAAGACUGAAUGUCAUUUAUAUGUAUGUAUGAUCAUUGUUAUUUUCUAAUAUACCUAAGCAAUAAUAUUAAUUUAAAAAAAAUACAAAUAAAUAUUCCUUAAUUUAUAUUUAGUAUACAUUGUGAUUUAAUGAAUAACUUUAUAUUAAUU